AGCGCGCGCUGCGUUCACACAGCAGAACAACAGUCACAGAUAGAGACACGAACCCGGCGACACAGCGAACCGGCUUUUCCUCUUCUUUUAUUUGUUUGAUUCCUAUCAAAGAUGGUUCGAGAAACCGGUUACUACGACCUGCUCGGCGUGAGUCCCAAAGCCUCGCUGGACGAGAUAAAAAAGGCAUAUCGCAAACUGGCGUUGAAAUAUCACCCGGAUAAGAACCCGAAUGAAGGAGAGAAAUUCAAACUCAUAUCACAAGCCUAUGAUGUCCUGUCAGAUCCCAAAAAGCGGGAUUUGUAUGACCAAGGUGGCGAACAAGCCAUCAAGGAGGGAGGCAUGGCAGGAGGAGAAUCUCCCAUGGACAUUUUCAACAUGUUCUUUGGUGGUGGAGGCAGAAUGCAGAGAGAAAGGAGAGGUAAAAAUGUGGUUCACCAACUUGGGGUCACACUGGAGGAAUUGUACAAAGGCUCAACGAGGAAACUUGGUCUUCAGAAGAAUGUGAUCUGUGAGAAAUGUGACGGUUAUGGAGGCAAAAAAGGCACAAUUGAAAAAUGCUCAACUUGCAAAGGAAGAGGGGUUCAGGUCCAGGUGCAACAGAUUGGACCCGGAAUGAUCCAGCAGACUCAGAGCAUGUGCUCAGACUGCCAAGGACAAGGAGAGAAGUUCAACUCCAAGGACCGCUGCAAAAACUGCAAUGGACACAAAGUAGAGCGCAAGAAGAAGAUUCUUGAAGUUCACAUUGACAAAGGUAUGAAGGAUGGCCAGAAAAUCACAUUCCAUGGAGAAGGCGAUCAAGAGCCUGGACUGGAGCCUGGUGAUGUUUUAAUCGUACUGGAUUUGAAAGAACACCCUGUCUUCCAAAGGCAAGAUGAAAACCUCACCAUGACGAUGAAGAUCAAGCUGGUGGAGGCACUCUGUGGGUUUAAAAAAACAAUCCGCACAUUAGAUAACAGAUCGCUGCUCGUCAAUUCAUCUCCAGGUCAAGUAAUAAAACCUAAUGAGCUAAAAUGUAUUCAUAACGAGGGCAUGCCUCUGUACAGAGACCCUUGUGAGAAAGGUCUUCUCAUCAUAAAGUUUGAGAUUGAAUUCCCAGAUAAACACUGGCUACCUGAGCACAUGCGGCCUGACCUGGAGAGGUUGCUUCCCGCCAGAGAUCACGUCAUGGUGACAGAUGAUAUGGAAGAGGUUGACCUCUGUGAAGUAGAUUAUGAAACACAGAAGAGAAACUACAGCAGUGAAGCCUACGAUGAAGAUGAAGGCCCCCGGCAAAGUGGUGUCCAAUGCCAGACUCAAUAAAUGUCAUAGAUCAGGAACAUUUGUGGAAUACUUCUUGAAAUAUGACUGCAAGUCUACACUGAAUAUUAGGGUGGUUAAAUCUAGUUCUUGCAGAGUAAUGCGUGCAGCAAGGAUUUCCCCCUACCAAAGCCUUACAAAAUGGACCAUUCUCUUGUCACCAUUGGAAUUCUUAAUUCUGAAGCAUCUGAUAAGGAGGAACCAGGAAUGUUUUGCAACAUCCACCACAAAUAAGUAUUAACAGACAAAGGAAUUAUUUUGAAUAAAAAUGUCAUCCAUGUAGGAUUUAAUAGUAACUUCUUUUUUUGCAUGUAAAUUAUUCAUCCUGUGUGAGUAUGUUCACUUUUAUGUUUCUGUUAGAUGUGAUUUGGUCGAGCUGGUGCACUUUUUUGCCAGUUAAAAUAAAAUCGGUAUUUGUAUAUUUUCUAAGAA